ACUGGAGUGCAGUGGCACGAUCUCAGCUCACUGCAACCUCCGCCUCCCGGGUUCAUGCAAUUCUCCUGCCUCAGCCUCCCAAGUAGCUGGGAUUACAAGCGUGUGCCACCAUACUCAGGUAAUUUUCGUAUUUCUAGUGGAGACGGGGAUUCAGCAUGUUGGACAGGCUGGUCUCGAACUCCUGACCUCAAGUGAUCCACACUCCUGCGCUGUGAUUACAGGCGUGAACCACCACGCCCGGCCAGCAAUAGCUUUUAAAGAGCUUUCGGGAAAUGGGAGGAACUGAAAUGAGACAUAAAGAAGGGAGAUGCCGAGAGAGAGAGAGAGAAUAAAAGCGAGUUCUAACGGGAAAGAAGCUGUCUGCUAAGCGUCUACUGUGUGCCCUGUGCGGUUCCAGAAGCUGAGGAUCCAAAACUAAGUGUAGGCUCCCCAAAGAAGUCCCAGUCUGGCGGGAAUCUGACAAGCAGUUAAACGGUACAAAGUGUUUACUGUUACUAAGGGAAGUUUGCACACUGAGGGGCAAGACGGUAUGGGCGAGAACUCCCAUGGGAUGGGAACUAGGAAGGGUUCUUGGAGGUGACGCUUGAUCUGAGGAUAAGCAAAGGGAAAAAAGGAAAGGGAGACCGAAAGAAAGGAAAAACAGCAAAGAGACUACAAGAAAGGCAAAGGAGAACGAGCUCGAUGUGAGCGGCGCUCAGGUCCUCAGGAGUCGACUGCUAGGGUCUGAUCGCGGUCCCCGCCCUCGUCCCGCCCCCUAUCCCUCCCUCUCCGCCGCGCCUCAGCCGGCCCGGCCUGCGUGAAUUCCGAGGCUGCCGGCUGUGCGGAGACGCCAUGUACCGGCUCCUGUCAGCCGUGAUUGCCCCGGCUGCUGCCCCCGGGGGCUUGGCCUCGAGCUGCGGAAGACGUGGGGUCCAUCAGCGCGCCGGGCUGCCGCUGCUUGGGCACGGCUGGGUCGGGGGCCUCGGGCUGGGGCUGGGGCUGGGGCUGGCGCUCGGGGUGAAGCUGGCGGGUGGGCUGAGGGGCGCGGCUCCCGACCCCGAGGCAUCGCCUCUGGCCGAGCCGCCACAGGAGCAGUCCCUCGCCCCGUGGUCUCCGCAGACCCCGGCGCCUCCCGGCUCCAGGUGCUUCGCCAGAGCCAUCGAGAGCAGCCGCGACCUGCUGCACAGGAUCAAGGAUGAGGUGGGCGCACCGGGCAUAGUGGUUGGAGUUUCUGUAGAUGGAAAGGAAGUCUGGUCAGAAGGUUUAGGUUAUGCUGAUGUUGAGAAUCGUGUACCGUGUAAACCUGAGACAGUUAUGCGAAUUGCCAGCAUCAGCAAAAGUCUCACCAUGGUUGCUCUUGCCAAGUUGUGGGAAGCAGGGAAGCUGGAUCUUGAUAUUCCAGUACAACAUUAUGUUCCCGAAUUCCCAGAAAAGGAAUAUGAAGGUGAAAAGGUUUCUGUCACCACAAGAUUACUGAUUUCCCAUUUAAGUGGAAUUCGUCAUUAUGAAAAGGACAUGAAAAAGGUGAAAGAAGAGAAAGCUUAUAAAGCCUUGAAGAUGAUGAAAGAGACUGUUGCAUUUGAGCAAGAAAAAGAAGGCAAAAGCAAUGAAAAGAAUGACUUGACUAAAUUUAAAACAGAGCAGGAGAAUGAAGCCAAAUGCCGGAAUUCAAAACCUGGCAAGAAGAAGAAUGAUUUUGAACAAGGCGAAUUAUAUUUGAAAGAAAAGUUUGAAAAUUCAAUUGAAUCCCUAAAAUUAUUUAAAAAUGAUCCUUUGUUCUUUAAACCUGGUAGUCAGUUUUUGUAUUCAACUUUUGGCUAUACCCUACUGGCAGCCAUAGUAGAGAGAGCUUCAGGAUGUAAAUAUUUGGACUAUAUGCAGAAAAUAUUCCAUGACUUGGAUAUGCUGACCACUGUGCAGGAAGAAAAUGAGCCAGUGAUUUACAAUAGAGCAAGAUUUUAUGUUUACAAUAAAAAGAAACGUCUUGUCAACACACCCUAUGUGGAUAACUCCUAUAAAUGGGCUGGUGGUGGAUUUCUGUCUACAGUGGGUGACCUUCUGAAAUUUGGGAAUGCAAUGCUGUAUGGUUACCAAGUCGGGCUGUUCAAGAACUCCAGUGAAAAUCUUUUACCUGGAUACCUCAAGCCAGAAACAAUGGUUAUGAUGUGGACACCAGUCCCCAACACAGAGAUGUCCUGGGAUAAAGAGGGUAAAUAUGCAAUGGCAUGGGGUGUGGUGGAAAAGAAACAAACGUACGGUUCUUGUAGAAAGCAACGGCAUUAUGCUUCACAUACUGGAGGGGCGGUGGGUGCCAGUAGUGUGCUGCUGGUCCUUCCUGAAGAACUGGAUGCAGAGACUCUAAAUAACAAGGUUCCCCCAAGAGGAAUCAUUGUUUCUAUCAUCUGUAACAUGCAAUCUGUGGGCCUCAAUAGCACUGCUUUGAAGAUUGCCCUUGAAUUUGACAAAGACAGACUGGACUGAUAUCUUAACACCACAGGUGCAAAAUGAGUUGUUUUGGUUUCUUUUUUUUUUUUUUUUAACAUUAAUGUUCCAAAACAUAUGAAAUUUUUAAGAAUAAAUUUGAAAUAGAGUAUAAUUGAAUGCAGACAAUUAUGUACCUCUAAUUGCUUAAUUUUGUAAUGGUCUUUUAUUGUAGAAUUAGUUCUUUAUACUCAGGGAAGUAAUUCUAUUGUUUUUACUUUUUGAAAAAAGUGUUAACUCUUGAAUAAAAUAUUCUGAUAAAAUA